UCACCCUCUCCUUCCUCACCGUGCGGCGCAGAGCUGCCGUUCCGCGUUUCUCACGCUCCUCCCCCUGUUCGCCUUCCCCGCUAGGCCCCGCCCCCCCAGCGAGCCGAGCGAGGGAGAGGCCGCUGCGCAGCAACCGGAGCGGCGCCCGCAGGAGCAACAGCGGCGGCAGCGGGAGGCGACAGCGAGGCUCGCAGAAGCGAAGGAGGCCUCGGUCCGAGCGCCGCCAUGGUGAAGAUCGCCUUCCAGUCGCCCUUCGCCGGCAAGGACGAGCACAAGAAGGAGGCGGCCGAGGCCUUGGUGGCCGACAAGGAUCCAGAAGUUGCAACACACAGCCAUGAAAGCUCAUCUGGAAGAUGUUUGUUGACCCUCCUGGGUCUUGCAUUCAUCUUAGCAGGAGUGGUGGUUGGCGGAGCCUGCAUCUACAAGUACUUCAUGCCAAGGCACAAAGUGUUCCAUGGACAGAUAUGUUAUGGAGCAGAGGACAGUCAAGAUAAUGCUGCAGAACCGUACUUCCUACCCAUUGCUGAAGUAGCUGAUAUUCGGGAGGAUGACAACAUAGCGAUCAUUGAUGUUCCGGUUCCAAAAUUCUCUGACAGCGAUCCUGCAGCUAUUGUGCAUGAUUUUGACAGACUUCUGACAGCCUACCUUGACCUGCAACUGGGUAACUGCUACGUGAUCCCUCUGAACACAUCCAUUGUUAUGCCACCAAGGAACCUGAUGGACCUCUUCACAAAAUUAGCAACUGGUUCCUAUCUGCCUCAGACUUACCUUGUUCGGGAAGAAAUGGUUGUGACAGAAGAGAUUGAUAAUGUGUCAGAUCUGGGCAUUUUCAUUUAUCAGCUCUGUGCAGGGAAGGACACAUUCAGACUUCAGCGCAGAGAUAAAACCAUCGGUCUCCAAAAACGCUCUGCUGAGAAAUGCCGCUCAAUUCGGCACUUUGAAAAUGUGUUUGCUGUAGAAACCAAGAUCUGCCAGCAGUGACAAGGACAGGCUGGAAAGUGACAAUCUCACAUCUUCACCAAGAAGUCCAAGCUUUACAUUUUAAUCUUCAGAAUUAAAAAAAAAGAGUACAGUGAUAAUCAAAAGCCUUAUGCUUUUUUUGUGUGUGUGCAUUGCUUAGAUUUAAGAAAAGGGGGGAAAAAUAAGCACGCUCCGAAGUCAUCUUGUUUAUUUUGCUUUGGGCCCCUAGUGUUGCUCACUUUUCCUGACACUAAUUUGGAAUGGAAAUUUGCACAACAUUUAAAGUGAUAGCCCCGUGCCUGGUGAGCAUCUGUUUCACUUUUUUUUUUAGCAGAAGAACUCUUAUAUAAACAGCACCCGGUUCCUGCAUAGGAAUGUAGCCUAAUCAUCACCUUGACUUCACAAAAUGAAACUAACUUUAUUAAUCUGUGGUUUGCACAUCUUUGAAUAGCUCGGUAAAUAGCUCUGCACUCCCAUCUCCUGGUAGAAAACCACACCUAAGGUUUAUUUGAACUUCCCGUGUGAAGCUUGUAAAUUUUAACAUUGGUAAUUAUCAGCAGCUAACAUGGCUUUUUCAUUUUGUGCAAUUACUGUAUUGAACUUGUAUGUAUAUUUGAGACCUCUCCUGAGCUCACUUUUCCUCCUCCCCUCUCUUAUUUUAUUUUUUUGUGAUAUUUAGUUAUAUAUCCUGGUACAGUUGUUCUUUAAAGCUUUUAUGUUAGUAUUUUGAUUAGUAUCUUAAAACUGGUUUAACACUUUAACUACAAGCUUAUGUCAUUACAGCCUGAUUUGGACCAAUUGUCAAUGUUUCUGUAGCUGUAAAUUCCCUCCCCAAACCUAUAUAUGAAAUUUUAGAUCAGAACUUCUUAUGAGCAAGAAAGUGCUGUUAACUGCAGUCAAAAGUAUUGCCCUUGUUUUGGACUGCAGUGCAAAGUGGUAAAAGGAUAGCUAGAGAGCUGCUAAGUUGAGUGUUUUAUAAGGGACUUUAUAUUUCAAACAAAUCCUGCAACCCUCUAAUAAAUGUUUCUCUAAGA